AUGCAGCGAAAGGUGGUCAUUAAAUUUUGCAUGAAGAGCAACAAGUCUCGCUCCAAAGUCCUCACCACUGCAGCUGGAUUUACUGGGGUGGAAGAGGUGGCCUUGAAUGGGGAGGACCAGAUAGUGGUGGUCGGAGAUGGGAUCGACUCGGUGGCGCUGACCACCUUGCUGAGGAAGAAAGUGGGCUACGCCGAGCUGGUGAGCGUCCAGUCGCCGGAGCCGGAGGGGGAGAACGACAACGUCGGAGCCGGAGGAGAUGGCCAGAAAACGGUGGAGCCCAUAGUGCAAUACACCACGCCAAAUUGUAAUUACUACCGCCCAGCAUAUGGAAGCAGCUGUAGUUUGCCUGUUUAUGUUGAUGAAGUUAGGUAUUGCCAUGAACCAUCCUUGUGCUCCAUCUUGUGA